AUGGCUAACAUUGAAAUAGGUCUGUGCGGACAACAGACUGAGCCCAGGUAUGCGGUUCACGUGCGGAACGUUAACUUUUGUUACUCAAAAGAUACUAUAGUUUUGGAGCGUAUGAAUGUUAAAAUUGAAGAGGGAAAGAUUUUUGGAUUAUUAGGAUCUAAUGGUUGCGGGAAAACAACAUUAUUAAGAUUAAUAUUAGGACGACUUCAACCACAUUCUGGUCAUAUAAGUAUUUUUGGUGUCAAACCGGGCAGUAAAUAUUCAGACAUACCCGGACCAGGUGUUGGAUAUAUGCCACAAGAGUUGGCUCUCUAUAAUGAGUUUACAAUUGAAGAAACGUUAACAUAUUAUGGGAUUUUAAAUAAUAUGAAUAUCAAUGACAUUAAGCAAAGAAUUGAAAUGUUAGCCAAAUUGUUGAGUAUUUCCAAUAAUAAAAAACGCGUCAGUAGUCUAAGUGGUGGACAACAAAGACUGGUAUCAAUGGCCAUAACAAUGAUACAUAAGCCUAAGCUUUUGAUUUUAGAUGAACCAACUGUUGGCGUCGAUUCCCUUAUACGGCUCAGAAUUUGGACUUAUUUGGAGAAUAUAUCAAAAAAUGAUAAUGUGACUAUAAUAGUAACGACUCAUUAUAUAGAAGAGGCACGAAAGGCAACUCAUGUUGGGUUUGUUACUAAUGGAUAUCUAUUGGCACAGUCACCACCACAACAGCUUAUGGAUCAAUAUGGGGUCAAAUCGUUAGAAGAGGUUUACCUAAAGCUGACAAUUACAAGACGUCGUUCCCGAAGACAAUCACUCAAUCCAUUGCUGUUUUCAGAAGAAAGGGAUGCCAUCGAAGUUAACGAAGAAAAUCAAAAGUUUAAUAAAAUAUCGCAAAAAAAUAAAUACUUGAGUUUGAGUCGGAUGUCUGUCCUUUUGUGGCGAAACUAUUUGCAACUCAAAGGAAAUCCUUUAUUGAUUGUAUCGUUUUAUUCAUUGACUGCUAUUAUCAUUACAUUGAUGGCACUCGUAUUUAAUCAAGAUUUUAAAGACAUGUCAAUAGCUAUAUAUAAUGGAGACAGUCAAAGUGCUAUGGAUUCAGUAGUUAAUGGCGUAAAUCUCUUGGCUCUUGAGUUUUCACAAAAUUUUUCCAAUGGAUUUGAGGAACGCAUACAAUCACCUCAAGACGUUAGCGAUCAGUCAAUAGCGGACAGUACUGUCAAAAUGACACUCGACAUGUCCGACCCUAUACUGUCUGCCUAUACAAACGUACGUUUACUAAGAAGUUUGGUUUCAUUUAUUAAAGACUACAGUCUAUCUAUUAAUUAUAAUCCCAUGGCUUAUACAUUACCAUUCAAUAUGACAACAAUUUAUUCGACAUUAAAGCCAUCAUUUAAGCAAUUUGUAGCACCCGGUUUGCUAUUGGCCAUACAAUACGGACUAAAUAUGGUAUUAACAGCAUUUGUAUUUAUAAUUGAGAAAAGAGGCGGUUGUUUGGAGAGGUGUUUCGUCAACGGUGUGACCGCUAUUGAGAUAAUCUUAGUUCAAAUCAUAUGGUUUACUGCAAUACUCAUAAUUCAAUCCGUAUUAUCACUGGUAUUGUCUUUCUUUGUGUUUGACUUUAUACUGUAUGGCAACCAUUUGGAGGCAUUACUAUUGCUUAUACUUGAGGGCAUUCAUGGCCUUGUCUUCGGUAUGAUUACAUCAUUAUUGGUGUCCAAUGACUAUAAUGUUAUGAUGAUUAUGGUUUUUGCUACACUUCCUCUUUGGUUGAUAUCGGGUAUGGUUUGGCCAUUAGAAGCAUUGCACUCAUCAAUGCAAAAAUUUUGUCGACUUUUGCCACUUAGUUUGCCGACUGAGGCGUUGCGAUCAAUAAUGUUUCGCGGAUUAAAUAGUUUCUAUCCAGUAGUAUACAUGGGCUACCUGUCCAAUCUGGCUUAUAUAACUGUCCUGUUGCUUAUUUGCACAUUUGUAUUAAUUAAACAUCGAUAA